UGCAGUGACAGAAGAAUGAGGGAGUCAGCAGGAGGUGUUCCUCGAUUUAUUUCAAGCAAUAACUGAGGAGGAAGCACAGGCUAAGGCUCAUCACGCCAGUCGGCUGAACCAGCAUGAAGACCCUGCUUUGGAAAAUGCUCUUUAUUGUAAACGCCUCGCCGUACCUGACAGGGCAGAAAUUUGGUAAACAUGUGUACGUGCAAAACAGGUUGAACUGGUAUGCUGCUCAACAGUACUGCCAAACCAAUUACGCUGAUCUUUCCCCUCUAAGUACAAGUUGGGAAGAGAAGCAACUGAGAAAAGCAACCCUGGGAAAAGUUUCUGGUGAGUUCUGGAUCGGUCUCUACAAAACAGGCACAUACUGGAAAUGGUCAGGAGGAGGAUAUGAAACCAGCAUAGUUUGGGAUGAGUCCCAACCAUCUACAUAUUAUAAUCUUUUUGUUCGUGUGUGCUGGGACGGCUGUACCACGGGGACGGGAUGGUUUGGUUCCUCACCAUUGAGAGAACUGCCCUUUUUCUGCUUCAGCACAACAGUGAUGGAGGAGAAGAUGGCUUGGGAGGAAGCAUUGGAGUACUGUAAAGAGACACACACUACGCUCACAAGUCUGACUUCUGAGACCGAGAACCUUUUGACCCUGAAAGAGAUCCAGCAGGGCACCGUCACCGAUCGGGUGUGGAUCGGGCUGUGCUUCCUGGCUGAUCGCUGGGUGUGGGUGGACGGCAGCCCUCUGAUAUACGAGGCCUGGUCAGUAGGGGAUCGGGAGCACCAGUGUCCAGGUCGAAAUUACUGUGGAGCUAUAAACAAAAACGGAGUGUGGGAGAAUCUGGACUGCAAAGAGAAACUCAGUUUCAUUUGCGUGUAAAUCCCAAUUGCAUUUGAGCUGUUAAAGCAAAGGUUUCUUUCUCAGUUUUUGUUUCUCUAGUUUUUGUGCUGAGAUUUAGAGUCAUCCUGUUUUUCUUUCAUCCUAUGUAGCGCAGAAUGACAAACAUACAACACGAAUGUCUGUCAGCUUUAUUUUUCUAAAAACAAAUGUAGAAAAAGUGUGAGAAUGUUUAUUAGAAUUUAACUUUGAUGUAAAAAUUCAUUUAGAAACUUUUGCAUGUGUAAAAGACUUAAAAAUGGAUUCUCAUAGGUUUGCCAACCGUUUUGGUUUUUAAUCUUUAGUGAAGUGGCAUUACUUGACGUCAUCUUUUAAUGUUAGGCUGGUUCAAGAGAAAGGCUUCCUACAUGCUGUGCUGCUGUAUAAAUGUUUCCCACAAACAGACAGAGAAGAUCUGUUCCUUCUUAACCAUAUUCAUCAAUAACCAGCUGCUGAUCCAGUGUGUUCCUCAGUCUGUGGAGGUACUCCAGUUCCACAGUCUUGGCCUGCAGCUGGUGACAGCGUUCAUCAUUCUACUCUGCAGCAUUUCAGUUUAAUCCAGGCUUAUUUACAUGGCAACAAUUUUAACAACCUAUAGUGGAAAGCCCCAACAAUCGAGCGACCCCUUAUGAGCAAGUACUUUGUGGCGUUAGACAGAAAAAACUCCCUCUUAGCAGGAAGAAACCUCCAGCCGAACAGGCUCAGGGAGGAGAGGUCAUCUGCCAUGACUAGUUAGGAGGAGUGAGGGGAGGGGAAAAGAAAAAGCGAGCAGCCCAGAGCUUCCAGCUGCGAGUGCUGAUUAGAGCGGCCAUCCAGUUCACAGGGGAUCUUCAGAGCACAAAAAGGCUUCUGAUGCAGUCCAGCUGCAGUGGAUUGAAGUGCGCCUGAUAUCGGAGGAGAGACCUGAGACAACUGAUUGAUGCUGAGGACCGUUUUCAGCAAGGGAUUCAGCAGGAGGCUAGCAGACUGAAGACUGACUGAACUUUCAAAAUAAAAGUUUGGAGUGUAGUAGAUAAUAAAUUUGUCUUUGAUGGUCUUAGCAUGAGAACAGAUUGCACAAUACAUUAGUUAUAAAUAUAAUGUUAUGGCUUUGGGUGCCAAAAUGAAUUAAAUAAAACAGCAAUAAAUAAUUAAAUUAAUGUCAUUAGUUAAUUAAAUGUCUCAUUAAUUUACACUGAAUAUUAAAUAUAUAAACAAAUUCAUUUCAUUUAAAGUAUUAAAUACAUUUUAAAUUUUAAUUGAUAACACAUUUAAUUAUUUAAUGAUGCCCUCCAUACAUUCUGUGGGAAACUGUAUAUGAUAACAAGCAGAUGCCUCAUCAUUGUUCUCACAGGCUAGCCCUAGAUAAUAUCUACUGAAUGUGUUACAUCAUCUAAUUCUGUAUAUUUAUCUUGACUGUGUUUAAUAGCAACAUGCAUGUUCUGUCAGUAACGUGGAUC